GAAACAACAACGAAACAUAGGUGAAACUAAAACUUUACAUUGGAAGAAGGAGGGGAUUUCCUCGCUUUUUUUUUGCUACAUAAACGGUAUUGAGCAAUAACGAGUUCACAGUACAGGUAAAGUUGGGGGAACAUGUCGGCUUCACAAGACUUGGUUCAGCAGAACACACAGUGUGUGAAAAGUACAACUGAGAUUUUUGAGUCAAAUUUGUUGUUCGAGCUGCUUUUGUCUCAAAAGGAAGCUGCCCGUUUUCUAGAGCUUGCAUACCUUGCACUUCGUGAUGAUCCAGAAAUAGCAAGACAGGUACGCAAUACAGCUAAUGAUUGUCAAAACCAGCAUUUAAAGACCCAUGGUCUUGUGAGAGAAUAUGAAGGAACAGCGAUACACGUGGUUAAAACAAUGCUUCCAAUUAUAGAACUUGGAAUAAAGAAAAAGAAAGAAAUGCUAGUCAUGAAAGGUUUGGACAAAGUGUUGACUUACGUGGAUGACAUGGUCAAGAAAACCAAGGAUACAAUACAAGAAUACUAUAACAUAAAGACCGCCGUGAAUAAUGAGAUAUCGAAUAUUGACCAGAAAAACAAAGAUAUUAAAACCAGAAAAAGUACAAUUUCAUCUGAAAUGCAGCAGAAAAGACUCAAAUUAGAAUCGGAGAAAAAGGACGUGACUAAUCUUGAGGCAAAGAAUAAAGAAAAAGAAAAAGAACUUCAGAAACUUAAAUCAAAACGGUUGAAAUUUAUAGGAGACUCAGUUCAAACUUAUGGACUUAUGGACUCUUUCAAGGAAUUUUUUACAGCUGGAAUGGCAACAGUUGGUGGUUAUUUUGGAGGCGCUGAAACCGGGAAAAUGAUUUUUGAUGGUGUAAGGACUGCUACUACUACAAGAAAGGACCAGGCGAGCCAACAAGCCCUAAACGCUAGUGCAGAAACCAAACGUGAUAUAGAUGUGGAACAACAGAGAAUUGAAGAAAAUGAGAGGCGGAUGGCAAGAAUGAAAGAAGAAGCUAUAGAAGGUCUUGCAGCUAUGGAAAGAUUAGCCCUUGAAAACGCGGAUCUUAUGAAUGAGGAAAGUCUUAAAAUGGCUGGAACAGAAAUAGGGAACGUUGCACAGCUAUUUGGAAAGAUUUUACUGUUCUGGGAGGAUUUUUCAGCAAAAUUAACAACACUGAAAAACGCACAUGACGGAGUCAAACUUUUCAUAGAGUUUGUAAAUGACCCUGAUCUAGCCGAAGAUAUUGACGACUCAGUACUACAAGUGAAAAAAGUGUGGAAUUCAUUUGGGAUUAUGUGUAGUUACUACGUUGACGAGAGCGUGAAACAACUCCCUGAGCUAUAUGCUUUCAUGGGUGCGCCUGUGGAUCAAAGCUCUGUGAAAGAAUGUGAUGAAAGAAAAAAAGCACUCCUUGCGGCCCAUAGAGCUGAUAUAAGGGCGCUUGAAAAGAAAAUCAUAUAGUCCUAAAAUGCCGUUGGAUAGAAUGAUAUCCGCAUUGUAAAUAACAUGAACUUUUAUUUUCUCGUCAUUAUCUAAAACAAAGUGAUGUAUCGUUUGCAAAAGCAAGUUUGCCUUAAAAAACUGUCCGAUGUUAUGUAAAACUGAUAUUGUAAUAUAGGCACAAUGAGUUAUUGAGAAACUUUAUAAAUAUAGUGAAUAAGCAACAUCUAUAUGACAUGGAAACUUAAAUGAAACAUUCUUCUACACUUUAUAAGUCAUACGUGUUUGUUAUGUGGAAUCAAGUAUAAAACCAUGUCAUUAAAGGUUACAGGCAAUAACAAUUGUCAUGAAAUCAAAUUCUAAUGGCUUUAAGCGAAAUUUAAUUUGUUCUAGCAUAAUUGUACUUACUGACAUACAUUCAUUAUUAUAGUACCAAAUAAACUACGAGUUUUCAUGUAUUUAUCUUGUUUGUAUACUUAGAUGUAUUUAGUUUCUUUGUGUGCUGACUUUUAAAUUUAAAUUGUAUAAUUAUGCUACUUAGAUGUAAAUAUAGAUGUAAAUAUAUAAAUAUAUGUUUA